UUUAAUCUCUGGGUAAUAUUUAGGCCCCACACGCUAUGGAUUAUAAUGAAUUUCUUGGACGGGAUGAAACAUUAUUACGCAACUUGCUAGAGCGGAGCUCAAGUUUUCCGGAGAGGCGGAAGAUCCGCGCGGCCUUGAAACGAUUUGCCACCCCGGGAACGCAACCGUCGUCCUUGAACUUACACAAUGGUCAUGCCCAGACGCCCAUCAGACGGUCAAACUCAGAGGCAGAAGUUAAGCGCGUCCGACUGACCAACAGGGAGAGGAGAAUCAACGGAAAAUGCCGAGAUGAAACUUUUAGCCAAAACGAGGCUGAGAAACUAGAAGCCUGUAGCCAUUCUGUCCCAGCGGACUUGUGUAGCUUAGAUGUAGCAGGUAGCUCGACGGACAGCGGCUACUACUGUGACGACCAGGACAGUUCAGACAAUCAGGUCACCAACAUGGCGACCACCGCCGUCCCCCAGAUGACCCCCGAGUUCGGACCCGACCAGAGGCGGAGGUCGUCCAUGAUCAUGGGGGCCUACCGCGUCAUCAAACGUAACUCUGUCAUGCUAUCCGAGAGUGGCCUCCCCUCCAGCCCCUCCCCCAAGUCCGCGGACGCCCACGCGGCCCUGCAGAUGGCCAAUGACAUCAACAACAGCUUGCAGAGGCGUGGCUCCAUGGGGGCGGGGACCAAUCAGAGGCCGAGAUCCCACUCUGUGUACCCCGACCACGUGACCAGUCCAAGCUGGAAACAGAUUUCAUCAUCGUCGUCUGCCAACACUGCCAGCCCGCCCCACCCCGCGCUGUUAGCGACACAUAAGGCACGCAGGAGGGAGAGCUACCACGUGACAUCGGCAACAAAACCAGACCAUGACAGGUCACUCCACAACCCGGCCAACCACCCAACCGACAACCCGGUGCGGCUGGAUUUUGAAGGAAACCUCAGAAAACAUUACCCGUCACCCACUUCCGGUUCCCGUCAUGUGACCAGCGCUGCUCAAAACGAGGCCAGAAAAAGCAGGUCUGAAUCUUUCUCCGCCCUAAGGGCAAAAGGCCGACAACUUCUUUCAGAAUCAGAAACUCAUUCCGUCCCUUUAUCCGAGUCAGCGAGGGUUCUAAAUUCUGAAGCGUCAAAGACUCACACGUCCGAAUCCUCGAGGGUUCUCAGUUCAGAAACUCUGAAGCCUCAUACGUCAGCGUCCUCGAGGGUUCUCACGCCUGAGCCUCCAGCCACGUCUCACUCAACAGGUUCUCACACUGAACCAAACACCACCAAUUUGGGAUCUCCGGAUCUCACUGACGCGACCUCCGAUGCCGCAACUGACCAGCGGACCAAGAGCAAAUUUCUCUCUGACCUCUACAGUGGCCAGAAGAAGAUGACCCACCUGUUGAAUCGGUCAAAAAGUCUCCUCAAGGUCAACGAACUCUCCAAGCGCCAAACCCAGCCCAUCGAUCAACUCUUACAAUCAGAUUUCCAUCGAUCCUCUGACGACUGGCCUCGCAAUCCUCCUGCGUCAACCAGCGCCGCGGAACAUCUGAAUGGCAGCCACACGGGCGGGGAUCGCAACCCACCCACGACAAAACGAGAAGACGUUACAAAUUCUAUUCUCAAUUCUCUACCUCCUUUAGGUUUUACAUCAUCAAACAAGGUACAGACGAACUAUGACGUCAAAGGUCGAGCUUCAGGUGACGACCACGGUGACGUCAGAAGCGUGGACAGUCCAUUUCAUCGACCUCGUGAACCUUCGCUUUCAUUCGAAGAUGUUUUUACACCUGGUGUCUCACCUGGUGUCUCACCUGCGGGCCAGGCCGUCUAUAAAAGUACCCGACGAUCUUCUGGACAUGACGUGUUUGACUUCUCCACCCAACACUCUCAGACCAGAUCGUCGUCUGCUAAAUCUUUCCCGCCAAACCUUUCUCCUUCCCUCGCUAAGAAGCUCGUCAAACCCUCAACCGAAUACAGACGGUUUUCAUUUCCGGACACGAGUUUGGACGCGAGUGAAAAGUUGGCCGAGGCUUUGAAAAACGUGAAGAACAUCCAGUCUAAGUACACCUCACACUCAGGGGGGUCUAAGUACACCUCCCACCCAGGGGGGUCUAAGUACACCUCACACCCAGGGGGGUCAAAAGACAAAAGGCGGGGGUCUCUCUACAGCCCCCAGUUCCUGAGCGACGGUCCUAUCCCAUCUAGCCACGCUCUCACUUCCGAUGACCGGAAGUCACGUGAUAUCUAUUUGCACCCCAUGUCGGACUUGAAGCCGCGCCGGGUGCCCAGCAGUGUGGGUCAACGAGCGGUCACUCAGCAUGUUGACCAGGCCCAUCUCAGGUCCCACAUCUCAGAUCACAAAGAGAGCAGGUUCGACUCCCGACUGGUAAACCAGGUCUCAGCACUGGAUUACAGCGCCGCCGCUGAUGACGACAGUUUUGACGAAACGGAUGCCGUGGCGUACCUGAAAUCAACGGUCCGUAGAGCGUCCUCUAGCAUCGUGGAUUACUCAAGGUCAAAGUCAAGACGGGGGUCAACUCCGGCGGCCACGGACACCAGAUCGAGGCUGUUGACCGAAACUGGACUAGCUGGCUCUAGAGAUAUGAUUGCCGUUGAUGAGUCUGCUGAACGAAACCGCGCCAAAAUGCUGGAGGUCAGAGGUCACCAUUUACGGAGCACCGGCAUCCAAGAAUCCUCACCUGUUGCGUCCAGUGACCACUCGGACGUGUCCAGCGUGUCUGCUGGACCAGGCCUGUCGUCUGCUCACAGUUACAAGGGUCUGACGGGACUUCACGAGUUGCAGAAGUUGUUGUCACAAACUGCCGACUCAGCUGAAAGGACCAAGAUACGAAACGUCAUCCGUCAGUUACGUCAUAAUUAUGAUGCAG